UUGAAAAUAUUCCAUAAUAAAAAAGAUAUGUUUUGAAAAGUGCCUGCAAUAAUACAACAAAUGUUUUUAUAAAUUAAAUAUUAAUUCAAGUUUACUUAGAUUUAUUUAGUGUCAACAAAGUGCUUGGAAUUUUGAAAUUAUUUUUAUGAUAAUUUGCAAAUAUUUUAAUUAACUAAUUUAAAAACAUUAAUAAUAAUAAAUUAAAAGCGUGUUGAAAAAAAUUAUUUGUGUCCAAUUUGUCAUAUGCAAAUGUCAAUGCAUUGAAAUUAAACUUGUCACAACUAAUAAAUAGAUAAAGUUUUUAAUAAAAAACAAUGAAAACAAAGCUAAAAUGUUAAAGUGAACACAGAGAAACAUCAGAUAAUUUACUUAAGAAAAAAAUAAUACAAAGAAAUAAAAACAAAUAACCCACAAAAGAAGAAACUAACAAACCAACUGAAAGCAAAAUAUUGUGAAAAUGUUUGAUGUGAACAAUUUGAAUACAACAGCCACACUAACAAAUCUAAUAGAAAAUGUUAAUCAAAGUAAUCAAAAUAAUACUAAUAAUGAUAAUCUGCUAUUGUCCGCCCCCAUUACAUCGUCAGCCUACGCGACACAAAAUGACAACAACUCCUCAAUGCUGCUUACGGACUUGGUGGUGAAUGCCACAGCGGCUGUGGUUGAUUAUGCCGCACAAUGGCUGACAACAACAAUAGCAACAACAGCCGCAAAUUUAAGCAGUAUCGGCAAUGAAACCAACACCUCCUCCUUCUACACAUUUCCAGCGCAUUCGCCCACCGAUAGUAUUUUAAAUUUUAACACCACCCCAUCAAUUGGUGCUGGCAGUUAUACAAAUUUUACAAAUCCUGCCACCGACAACAUCAUCAACACCACCUCCUUGUCCUCCUCCGCCACAUUCAUGCUAAAUGCUGAUCUCAUUGGGGAAAAUCCAAAAUUAGCUGAUGAUGGCAAUAACUAUGAUGACUUGAAUGAAUGUCAUCCAGAUAAUCCAAAGUUUAAUUGUUCACGCGAGGAUUAUAUUCAGUUCAUUUUAGGACCUCAGAAGCUGCCGCUCUACAAAUCUCUGUUGAUAACAAUUCUAUAUGGUGGCAUAUUUAUAACGGGCUUUUUUGGUAACGUUUUGGUUUGUAUGGUGAUUUUUAAACAUUCAACCAUGCAUACGGCAACAAAUUAUUAUCUAUUCAGUCUUGCUGUGUCGGAUCUUAUUUAUUUAACAUUAGGCCUGCCUAUGGAAGUGAUUUUGUAUUGGCAUCAAUAUCCGUAUUUAUUUGGUCUGACGUUUUGUAAAGCCAGAGCCUAUAUAUCGGAAGCAUCUACGUAUGUAUCAGUUUUAACAAUAGUGGCGUUUUCGGUGGAACGUUAUAUAGCCAUUUGUCAUCCCUUACAUUUGAGUGCCAUGAGAGGCUUCAAAAGAGCGUCCCGUAUAAUUGUUCUGCUAUGGCUACUGAGUUUUAUAGGAGCCAUACCAUUUGGCAUAUGGACGAAAAUUAAUUAUUGGUACUAUCCCCCAGAUCAAUCCCAAAUUAAGGACUCUGGAUAUUGUGGUUUUGAUACGCCCGAAAACAUACCCCUAUUUGAGGUUUCAUCUUUAGUCUCAUUUUUUAUACCCAUGUUUUUAAUAUUUUAUUUUUAUGGUCGUAUGGGUGCCAAAAUACGCUCUAGAACCACACAGCAAUUGGGUGUCCAACAAGGUUCCAUGCAUAGAGAAUCCACAAUUCAAAAGUCACGUAGAGCCGUCAUUAGAAUGUUGGCCGCUGUGGUGGUGACAUUCUUUAUCUGUUGGCUGCCAUUUCAUAUACAACGUUUGUGGUACGUCCAUGGCAAGACCCACAAAUAUUAUCAAGAGGUUAAUGAAUGGCUGUUUUCAAUAACUGGCUUUGCUUACUAUGUCACUUGCACAAUUAAUCCCAUUUUGUAUAAUGUGAUGUCACAUCGUUAUCGUGUCGCAUUUAAGGAUAUUUUAUGUCGCAAACGUAAAAAUGUCUAUUACAAUAAUGGUUUUGCCCGGGAUCAAUCGAGUUUUCGUGAGACAACAAUUGCCUCCAGUUUAUGCAAUAACAGCACGUAUGAUCGGGUACAUUCGGUUCGUGUUCGUUCGGUUAGAAUUGUAAAUAAUGUUAAGGAUCGAAGUUCGAUAAAAUCGAACAAUAUUUCAUGGAAGAAGUCAGAUUUCAAAGAAAAGGACAUACCGGAAAACCAUUCAACAAAUUUAAGUGGCACAAAUGCCGUAGUGGUUUGUGUCGAUAAUGGUGUUAAUGGCCGCACAAAAGUUUUCACCGAAAAUGAAGCCCAAGAAACAUUAUUAAGCAAAAAUAACGAAACCUGCAUUUAGGCUGGUUUGCUAGGAGCAACCUGAGUUAAGGUGCUUAAGAGACUCAUUAUUUGAAAUGGUGAAACACAAACAAACAAACCUAAACUAAACAACGAACAAACCAAACAAAAGAAAACAAAAAUAACUCUUAGAAAACACAAAAAGACUUUAAUUUUUAAGGUAAAGUUUUGCUUUUGUUACUUUUUUUAUACAAGUUAGACAAAAAAAAAUCCCCAAAGUUUAUGGAAAAUUAUUAUUUUUUAAUAUUAUUUUGGAAAACAAAGGUGUGUCUCUUGCCCAUAAUAAUAUAAAGAAAUAAUGAAACACAAUGAAAAAGUCUGUUUAUAAAUAUAUUUAUAUAUAAUUUUUAGGUUUAUUACAAUAUAUUUUACUUUUUAUUUAAAAUAAAAGAAUUAUAGAUAUUUUUGUAGAAAAAAUAAAUGAGAUUUAUUACAAAAAAAAACAA